CAGGUGUCCGCUCCCCCAAUACCCCCGUAUGGGCAGGGAGAGAACCCAGGCAUCCGGGCUCUGCCCCCCCGUUACUCCCUCCCCCCACUGGCAGGGGGAGAACCCAGGUGUCUGGAUUCAGCCCCACCCGUUACUCCCCCCUCACUGGCAGAGAGAGAAUCCAGAUGUCCGGGCUCUGCCCCCCUGACCAUGCCCACCCGAGGCAGGAGGGAACCCAGGCCAGGAUGACGGGCAUGGCCGACAACCACCGGGAGAGCUGGGCGGGGCUGAUCGCGGAGGCCGAGCGGUACCGGCGCCGGACGGGGAACGAGGUGGUUCUGAUCACGGCUUUCCGGGCCCCACAGCCAGGCGGCUUCGCCUACGCCCAUCACGGCUGCGGGGCCCUGGGCGACGCCGCCCGCCGCUACCUGGAGGACAUCGCCGUCGUCCACAAGACCACAGCGUUUACCUACGCCGCCCGGCCCCCGCCCGCCCCCAGGCCCCCCUCCAGCCCCUACUCCCGCAGCUGCCCCCCCCAGGACCCGCCUGCCGGCCCCCACUGGACAGCGGGCGCCCAGGGAGCCCCGGCCGAGGCCGCGGGGGGGCAGGAGGAAGAGGAGGAGGAAGAGGAGAAAAACAUGCCCGUGCCCAGGGAGGUGGAGGCACCCGGGAAGCAGCAGCCCCCCAGCGACACCACGGGUCUCUUUGUGAUGGACGAGGACUCCCCCAGCCAGGACUACGAGCCCUUCUUCGAUUCGGACCCGGAGAGCACUGACGCACUCGUCCCCGGACCUGGAGAAGAUUGCGGCCAGCAUGCGGGCGCUGGCCCUGCGCGGCUCCGAUGGCACCGAGAUGUUCGGGGACCUGCCCCGCCCCCGCCUCAACACCGGGGACCUCCAGAAACUGCAGCGAAAGUAUUGACAACCCCCCCCGGCCGGGGGAGGGGCCCCGCCAGUCUGGGGCCCCCCACCAGCGCCCCCUCCCUUGGACACUACACCCCCAAUGGCAGAGCAUUGGGAAUCCCCACCACCCCCAAACGGGCCUGCGGUGACAGAGGCUCUGUGGGGCCCCGUGAGCCGGUGGAACUACCCGCCACUGCAUCUAAGCUGCUCAUGCUACAGGAUCCCGAGGGUUGCUGGAAGAUGAGGGGGAACCCUGUGUCCCUCCUGCACUCCAUCCCCCCCACAGCAGCAGAUGUCGGGGAGCCCCUCCGGUCCCCCCAGCACUAUAGCUAAUGAGAGGGGAGCACCCUCCACACACUACAGGGGACGCUGCCCCCCUCUCCCCCAAGUGUCUUAAUAGAUUUUUUUUGUAAGGCCCUGUUUGCACAUGAGCUGUCCCCCCUGGAAAGGGGAGGGGCAGCUUCCCCAAACCCCCCCAUGGGGAGGGGCUCUGCUGUCAGCCUCCAGCAGAGAAUUAUACACCCCCCCUGAACUGACACCCGAAUUUUGGGUGGGGGGGACUGCCCCCUCCUUUGAGAGGACAGGCAGGGGCUGGCUUUCAGGUGGGGUGGGGGCUCCCCCAGCCUCAGUACCUGACCCCAGUGGGUCCCUGGCCCGGACCCCCCACUCCCUCUUUUGUACCAGAUGCUCAGGGGCCCUGGCUCGCCCCUUUAUUUUUGUCCAAAGAUGAUUGGUGGGUCAGGGCGCGGGGAGCCCCGCCCCUCCAUCCCUUGUUGGCCAAUAAAGAGAUGCUGACUUUUACCAGC